GCCUCACUGUCGCCGCCGGGGCCUGGGACCCGGAUGGCCGUUUAGUCGGUGCUUAGACGCCGAGGCUGCCACAUCGGGCCUUGGACAAAUUACAAAGCAGGGGGAGGGGGGGAUAGUGUAAUCCACCUCCAUCCUCCGCCCAGGAUUCCCUUCCGCCCCCGGGAAGCUCGUAUCCGGAUAGAGCGGACCGAGCCCGAUCCGACGAGGCACGUUUCGCGGGGAGCCAGGAGGAACCAUCAUACUCAAUGACCUUACAGCGCAAUGUCAGAUCGUUUGGGGCAAACAGCAAAGGGGAAGGAUGGAAAAAAGUAUUCAUCGCUCAACCUGUUUGAUACAUACAAGGGCAAGUCCUUAGAGAUCCAGAAACCCACAGUCACUCCCCGACAUGGCUUGCAGAGUCUCGGUAAGGUUGCCAUUGCUCGGCGCAUGCCACCCCCUGCAAACCUGCCAAGCUUAAAAGCGGAGAACAAAGGCAAUGACCCCAACGUCUCACUAGUGCCGAAAGACGGGACAGGAUGGGCAAGCAAGCAGGAACAGCCAGACCCAAAGAGUACCGAUGCCUCAACAGCUCAGCCGCCGGAAUCGCAGUCGCCGCCGGCUUCACAGACGUCUGCCUCAAACCAACCGAAACGACCCCCAACAGUCCCCGAGAAUCCCCCUACAGUAGCAAGCGGGGUAAAGUCCUGGGCGCAGGCCAGCGUUACCCAUGGAGCGCAAGGAGAUGGUGGAAAGGGAUCAAGCCUACUGUCGCGAUUCUCUCGCGAGGAAUUUCCGACCCUGCAGGCGGCUGGCGACCAGGACAAAGCUGGCAAAGAAAAGGACACUACCGAUGCGUCGUAUGGGCCCGGACCAAACCUCCGCCCCCAGAACGCAACCAGUUGGCGGGAUGGAGGCGGGCGGGGCACGGACGGGGAGCUGGUGCCUGAGGAUGGACGGGCUGGGGUCAGCAUGCAACCCAAUGUCCCGCCUCAGUUCCCUCCCUACCGGGGGAUGAUGCCGCCAUUUAUGUAUCCCCCGUACCUCCCAUUCCCGCCUCCAUAUGGACCGCAGGGACCUUAUCGCUACCCCACAGCGGAGGCGCAAAGGUUCCAGCGGCUCCCAGGACCCCGCCCCUCACAACCUCCGCUGCGCAUGUCGGAGCCUGUGAGCCGGCCACCCGUCCUCAAGCAGGAUGACCUAAAAGAAUUUGAUGAGUUGGACCAGGAGAAUGAUGAAGGCUGGGCAGGAGCCCAUGAAGAAGUGGACUAUACUGAGAAGCUGAAAUUCAGUGAUGAAGAAGACGGGAAAGAGACUGAUGAAGAAGCCAUUGAGAAUCGCAAUGACGAGGCCUCUGGCCCUGAAAGCCAGUCAUCAGGUACGGACACAAAGAAGGCUGGAACCCCAAAAGAGGAUCAACCUCUUGUGAAGACAGCGUGGCCUGAAAACUCUCGUCCCCCAGAGGGCACCAAAGAGCCACCGCCACCUUCCCCUGCAAUCCGGCCGCCGCCGCCGCCGCCCAACCGGGGCAACUGGGGACAACCCAACGACUUCCCAGACCGCCCGCUGCGACCCCCGCCCCCCGAAGAUGAAGAUGAGGCUUGGCGUCAGCGCCGGAAGCAGUCGUCAUCGGAGAUCUCCGCUGCAGUGGAGCGUGCCCGGCGUCGGCGGGAGGAGGAGGAGCGGCGCAUGCAGGAAGAGCGGCGAGCUGCCUGUGCCGAAAAACUCAAGCGACUAGAUGAGAAGUUUGGCGCCCCUGACAAGCGCCUGAAGCCAGAGCCUUCCAAAGAGCCUCCCGCCCCUCCUCCUCCUCCACCAGCUCCCACCCCAGUGCCCUCCAACCCUCCAGCUGCCCUGGUCCUCCCAGAGGAGAAGCGGGAGAAAGAGGAGCCAGUUCUGGCUAACAAUCCUCGUAGUACUGUCGGUGGUAGCGGCAGCAGCGGGAGUAGCUUGGACUCUGCUAGCACUGCUGAGCCACCUCUAGCUCCUCCCUCCAAGGAAGUGCCAGAAGUGAGGGAAGAGCCACCAGCUUUAUCGGGGCCUGCUCUCCCAGCAGCUCCCAUUCCAGCCAAGGCAGAGCCCAAGGGGGAGACAGUUCUUCAGGCACGACAACCGCCUCCAGCUCAGACACUUGGCUAUUCAAAGUACCAGAAGUCCUUGCCUCCUCGAUUCCAGAGGCAGCAGCAGGAGCAGUUAUUAAAGCAGCAGCAGCAAUGGCAGCAGCAGCACAACCAGGUUCAGCCACCGUUGGCCUCCUCUGCCCAGCAGCAAGCUGCAGGUGCUCCUCUGGCCACUAUGGGCCCCUCGGGCAAUGUCCACCCUCAGCCUGGGUCACCAGGGCAGCAGCAAGCCCCACCCCCGCCUCCAGCGCAGCAGGCUCCACCCAAAGGCAUGUACCCAGGCUCCAUUGGACGACCUCCCCCAAUGCCACAGAUGAACUUUGACCCUCGCUGGAUGAUGAUCCCACCCUACAUGGACCCACGCAUGAUGCAGGGGCGGCCCCCCAUGGAUUUCUACCCACCUGGAGUACAUCCCUCUGGUCUCCUGCCCCGUGAGCGAUCAGACAGUGGAGGAUCCAGUUCAGAGCAGUUUGACCGCCACCCUCCUAUCCUUCGAGAGCGCGGCACCCCACCAGUUGAUCCCAAGCUGGCCUGGGCUGGAGACGUCUUCACUAACACCUCAUCUAACGCGGAUUCACGGCCUCAAGCAGCAUCCCAUCGGCAGCAGGAUGAAGAGGAGAAAGGGCUAAGGAGUGAGACACCUCCAGUUCGUCUGCGUGAGGCAGUCACCCCUCAGCCCUAUAUGGGGAAUUACCAGGGUUUCUCGGAGAAUGGCAAUCCGGCCCCCCUGCACCGCUUUCCAGUGGAUGAGCCACCACGGCCAGGGGCUCCCUGGCAAGCUAAUGUGGCUCUGACAGCACCAACAGAGGUGAGCAGAAAUGGGCGCCCUGACCCCCAAAUCCAGCCACCCCGCAAAAGUGAGGAGGAGCCACAGUUGCUGCACCGUGAUCCCCCAGAGGAGGUCAAAUCAGUUGAGCCUCCAAUCAGUCGGCCAAUAGUACCUAAAAAGUCUCACUUGGAGCAACCUAAAGAGGAUGCUCCAGUCAAAGAGGAGGUACUGCGACGGGUGGAGAAACCACCACGGCAGCAGCAUGACUUCCACAAGCAGCCGCGGCGGGAGUCCAAGACAGAGACGCGCUGGGGUCCCCGUCCUGGCAGCAGCCGUAGGACUGAGGAGCUUGCUGGGGACAAGGCCCCACGGCGAGCUGGGCCCAUCAAGAAACCGCCACCCCCUAAGGAAACAAAAGAUGAAAGUGAGGAGAUGCGUACUGGCGGGAAGACCAAGGAGGGUGGAGAGCCAGGGAGCAGUAAGCCUGAACCCCCUAAAGACUCCCCCAAACCAGGCAAAGAGAACAAGGCUAAGCCAGUGAUCAAUGGUGGAACAGUGAUGCCUCCCAAAGAGCAGCAACAGGGGACACUGUCACCAAGCCGCCGCCGUCGGGAAGGCCCGUACGAACGUGGUGGUUACGCUGGCCGUGGUCGGGCCAGGGGGCGAGGGGAGUACUUUGCCCGAGGACGAGGCUUCCGGGGUGCCUAUAGUGGGCGUGGGCGAGGUGGUCGUGGAAGAAGUCGGGAGUUCCGCAGCUAUCGUGAACCUUUCUACCGGCUGGAUGAUGGCGCUGGAAAAACUGCUGGGCCAGGCUCUACCUUCCGGCCCCGCAACACCAGUGAGACUCGUAGCGAGGGUUCAGAGUAUGAAGAGAUCCCCAAACGACGGCGCCAGCGGGGCUCUGAAACAGGAAGCGAGACACACGAGAGUGCCAGCGAUGUGGCUCAUUCAGACAAGGAGGUGACCAAAGAGCCAGCACCCAACCAGCGCAACCGAGGUGCUCCAGUGACUUCUGCAUCUGCACCUUCUUCCCAGCCCCCUGGCUUGCCUCGAUUUGCUGACAGGAUGCCCCCACGUCUCUCAGAUCCUGGCACCCGCGGUGGGCGCGUCUUCACGCCCCGUGGUGUCCCCUCACGCAGGGGCAGAGGAGGUGGCCGUGCACCCCCUGGAGGCUGGAGCCCACCAUCCAAGCCUCAGCCCAACAAGAAGCCCGAGAAGCAGCAAGAGGCAGUUCUGGAGUCUUCAGGCAAGGAGAAGGCACUUCCAGGACCCCCAACAGUAGUUCCAGAAGAAUCCGGUGGCUUCCAGGUACCCCCAAAACAGCAGCCUAUUGGCCCUGCCCCAGACCGUGGUUUUGACAGGCCACCCCGCCGCCGGCGCCACGGCCGUUCACAGCAGCAGGACAAGCCACCCCGAUUCCGAAGACUUAAACAAGAGCGAGAGAAUGCGGCCCGGCUCAAUGGCGAGCAGAGGGCCAGCCUGCCCUUCUCCCCAGCGCCUUCUGCCCCACUCCCUGAGGAAUCAACUGCCCGGCGUGUGGCUGGCACAAAAUCUCCUGACUUGUCCAACCAGAACUCAGACCAGGCUAAUGAGGAGUGGGAGACUGCUUCCGAAAGCAGUGACUUCACGGAGCGCCGGGGUGGUGGUGAGAAGGAGCCAGCGCCUGGAGGGCCUCCACCCAGUGCCUUCCUGAAGGGUGGGUGUUCUGGGGCACCUUCCAUGGGUGGGCGGCCCUCCAACAAUGAGCUCAGCUUAGCCCAGCGGAAGGAGAUGUCCAAGCGCAGCUUCUCCAGUCAGCGGCCUGGCAUGGACCGGCAGAACCGGCGAUCCAACCCUGGCCCAGGCGGAGGAGGCAAAGCUGGCCGUGGCGGGCCUGGCGGUGGGCGCAGCGGAGGUGACAAGAGGAGCUGGCCCUCUCCCAAAAACCGCAGCCGGAACACAGAUGACCACUCUCCAGGCCUGAGCCUGCCUCCUGGUCCCACCACCAGCACAGUGUAUCGUCUAGACCGUGUCAUCCACAGUGAUCCAGCUGGCAUCCAGCAGGCCCUGGCUGAACUGGGCAGCCGUCACACGAAGCCAGCUUCCCCUGGCCCGGCCCAGCCCCCGUUUCCAGGACCUGGAGGCAGCAGCUCCUCUGCCCUUCCCCUGAGACGCUUUGAGAGUAGGAGCAGCAGCAGCACAGACUCUUGCUUCCUGGACAAGACCCAGCUACUUCACUCCAAAGGUGGCCCCCUGAAGGAGUCCAGCUCAGUGAGUGGCUUUGUUGUCAAGCGCCGGGAACGGCCCCGUAAGCAAGAUCUGCUGCAGCAGGAGCCCCUUCCUUUCCCCAGUAGCCCAGGCUUCUCAGCCCCCAAAGAGGAGGUCACAGGGGAGCCUCGCAGCAGAAGCGUCCCCGUGUCUGAAGGGCUAGCCCCACAGAUCUGGAAUCAGCUGAAUUCCAACGCCUCCCGGAAGAGCUAUCGUCCUGCCUCAGUGGAGCCAUGGAUUGACCCGCUGAAUGCCUUUGAAGAGGUUGCCAGUACAGAGAUGAGCCUAUCAGACAGUGGCGUGGACCUCAGCAGUGACUCACAGGUCUCCUCGGCCACCUGCAGCCAGCGCAGCUCUCCUGAUGGGGGUCUGAAGGCCACACCAGACACUGGGGCCAAGCGCAGUGGAGCCAUUGGCAAAAACAAUGAUGCAGCAGCUGCUGGACCAGAGGGAGCAGAGCCGAAGGAACAGAGGAGGCGGCCGCCGCCAGCCAGAGACUCCAGUUUGCGCAAGGAUAAGGUGAGCAGCUCCCCUGAGCCACCACCCCGAGACCACCCUCCCCCGGGAGCGAUUGGCACAGAACGUUCCCAGCGAGCGGAGAAGGCGAAGGAUGGUGCCGAGGGGCUGGGCGUGGUGAAGCCUGAGCCCGGCCCUCGGCUAGAGUCCCCAGGGGGCGGCCCCCCCAUCCAGUUUGGAGCCAGUGAGAAGGAGGCAGACCUUCGCUUCAUCGUGACUGAAGGGCCGAAAGCAGACAAAGAAGAGCUGCACCAGGCGCUGGCUGAGGGGCUGACGACUGUCCCCAGGGAGUGGGAGCUCCUCCCCCCAGCACCCCCCAGCCACCGGGCUUCCCCCGAGGUGCCUCCUGGCCGCUCCUGUGAACCCAAGCCUUUCCCGAUAGCCCCUGCUGCUGCUGCCGCUGCCUCCUGCCUCCACAGCCUCCCAGCAGACACAUCGGUGUUCUCAGGUGAGAGAGGCCAGCGACUGUACCCGGAGCUGUUUUAUGGGAACCAGGUCCCCAACGCCCAGCUCGACUCCCAGCUUCAUAAUGCCAGUGGUGGCAGCAGCUACCGUCCAAACACCCCCUCUCUGCACACUUACAGGUCCCAGCAUCUCUAUCUGCAGCCCAGCCCCGCCCCCACCUCUCCAGCCCAGACCGCAGCCGGUGCUGUGCUGCCCAACUCGGCCUUGCUCUCCGGGAUGGCCCUGAAGGGGCAGUACGUGGAGAUAUCGGCCCUGCAGGCAGCCGAGCUUCCCAAGCUCCCAGCCACGGGCUUGCUGUACCAAGCGCCCCCUCCUUCCUUCAUCUACAGCUCGGCCUUCUGUGGCAACCAGCUGGCUCCUGAGCAAGCCCUGCUUCAGGUGCGCCAAGAGCUUCCAUCCCCCUCGGAGUUCUACUCAGCCACCCUGGGGCAAGGGAGCCAGAGCAACUUCCUGACGGCUGCAGGCCCUGCCCAGCAAGUGCUGUUGCCAGUCGUGGAGCCACCUCAGCUGCCGCCUGUGGUGAAUUUUGGCUCCUUGCAGCAGGCACCACCUGCGGCCCCUGCCCCCCCGCCUCCCCCGAUGCCCCUGGUGCCUGUGGCCACCCAGGCCCUGCGGCCACCAGGACAACUGACUGGGCGCCUCGUGUCUCCAGCUGUGCGGGCCUUUCCUCAUGGUGGAAUGGGCCGAAGCGAGCUCCACACUCUGGAAAUGAAGCCGCUGCAGGAUUACAGGAAGCUCAAUGGCCUGGGGUCUGCGGGUGCCCGACCCCCUUCUGGAGGCCGGCCUUUCUCUGGAGGUUUCAAUGCCAGGCUGAAGUCCCCAGGCUCUGGCUAUGGCGGCAUCUUCCGUGCCCAGCGCUUUGAGCUCUACCAGCAGUCCGAUGUCCUUCGCUGGAACUCCCGCUCGUGGGAACGAGCAGCUCAGCCCCGUGAUGGAGCUCCAGCCCACCGCCUUGAGCCGACGGCCCGCCAACACACUGACAAGCAAGACCCCAGUCUGUCCAACCACCACUAGCCCAGGAUGCUGACCCCUCUCCUUUUGCUUCUGUUUGAACCAGGACGGCCCUCCUGCAGGUGUUGGACUACAGCUCCCAUCAUUCCUCACUAUUGGACUCUGUGGCUGGGGAUGGUGGGAGUUGUAACCCAGAACCGCUGAAGGGCCAAAGUUGUGCAGCCCAGGGUUAAACCUCUCUCCCCAGAAGUGUGGGAGGGCUGUUUCCAGGGGCUUGUUUCUCCCCCUUGGUGUAUCCUGAAAAUGGGGGUGUCUCCUUAACUCCUUUUCUGUGUUUUUUGGGGGGUGACACUGGAAUUUGCCCCCUCAGUUAGGGGUGUUAGACACUUAGUGGGUGCUCAGUGUAAUGUGGGGGGCAAGGAUCAGGAUUUUGGGAGGCUCCUAGCUGAAUGUAUUUUUGCUUAUUUCCUUUGGUUUCACCCGAGUUUAUUUUUCUGGCAGGGGCUGUGUUGCCCUUUGAUCUGAGGUGUGGAGUGUAAAUAUAUAUAAAUAUGAACAUGUGGGGUCUUGCCUCUUCUAUUUGUGGGGGUGGGGAGGAGAGGAGACUACCUCCUCUCCUGCCUAUUUGCUCCCCUAAGUUUGAAAUAGGAAGCGUUGAGUUUUUAAAAGGUGGUCGAGCUGGUUUGUUUAAUAAAUAAAACCCAAAAAAAAAAAUUGUUUAAAAAAACCAAUAAAAUAAAAAGUCAAACUGC